AUGUCAAAAUAUAAAAACAGAUCAACUCCAAGAUUUUCUCGAGGUUCUUCGCGAAAAGCACGAAAACACAUGCUUGGAAGAAAUUUUCGUCCUGCUUCUCCGACCCACGAGUUGGUCAUCCCUACUUACGAUGAUCAACCAGGAAGUAGCAGUAAUAACAGCAGUAAAAGUAAUAACACGCAACGAAAAUACAUUGUCAGAGAAAUCGUCGAUGCUGUAGAAGAUGAAAAAGGAAAUUUGAAUGUGCUAGUUAAUUUUAAAGACAUUGAGCCAAUGUGGUUCCCGUAUAACAGCGUUCAUAAUGGCGAGAAACUCUUGGAAAAUUACAAAAAAGCGAAUUUGAUGAUUCCUCCUGCAAACCAUUCGUCAACACCGACCUCAUCAACACCACAAAUACCUCCUCAACGACAAGGGGAAAUUAUUUCUUCUGAAUCUGCUUGGAAACCCAUCAAGAAAAAUAUUGAUUUCCCUAGAGUUUCGGAAACAGGCAAAGAAAUCGAGAAAGGGAAGCCAAAGCAAUCGUUAGAUAUCCCCAGAAUUGUGAAAACAGGAAAAGAGAUCGAGAAAAAAGCGAAUUUGACGAUUUCUCUACCUUCUCCUUCUGCAAAUCAUUCGUCAACACCGACCUCAUCAACACCACAAAUACCUCCUCAACGACAAAGAGAAGUGAUUUCUUCUGAAUCUGCUUGGAAGCCCAUCAAGAAAAAUAUUGAUUUCCUUAGAGUUUCGGAAACUGGCAAAGAAAAAGGGAAGCCAAAGCAAUUGUCAGAUGUCCCCAGGGUUGUGAACACAGAAAAAGAGAUCGAGGAAACAGUUCAGAUGAACAUUCCAUCAAACAAUAAACAAACACAUCAUGAAAAAGUAAAAAAAGGAGUUAAAUUUUCGGGACAGGUUGAGCGACAAUCGCCACCAGCUUGGAGAUUCGGACUGGAAAUGCCCAGGGAACGUGAAAAUCUGUUCGUCACGCCAAAAUCUAUUCUAAAAGACUCGACACGCCCCGAAGAAAUCUCACAUAUCAAACAAGUACCAAAAACAGAACCAUCCAAGAUCCUUUUGGAGUGGAAAGGUUUGUUAAUUCUGAACAACAAAGAACUAAUCCAAAAACAAGUAGUUGUUAGACCAUUAAAAGGGCAUUGUCCAGAUUCGUCAAUUUUGAAAGGAUCAAUGCCGAAAAAUCAAAUAGUUUUGGAUAAUUUAAUCUCGUUUUUUUAUGUUAUGAAAUUGAUGGAGAAAAUGAAGCCGCUUUCGAUUUUUGUGAUGCAACCGGCCACACAUCAAGAGGAUUUUACUGGAGUUUCGAAUGUAUUCAAUAAUUGUAAAAUAACAAAAAAGAUUGGUAUAAUAUAUUUGGAUGAAGACGAAUCAUUAUGCAUUUUCGUAUUCCCAAACAUCGAUAGUGAAUACAAAAUUUUUGAUUUACCACAAAGACCACCGAAUGCAAUGGCACUUUUGGUUCCUUUUACGAUACCAGUUUCUAAACCAAAGAAUAAUCCAAACGUGGGUCACUUGAGUUUCCCUCGACCCUCAAAUGUAGACGCAUAUUAUGCUCAAGUCGUCAUAGUUGCCAAUAAAUGGCAGGAUAUUUUGCCAGAAAUUUGCAAGACGCGUCCUAAAUUCGCCGUGUUUGGUGUUAAAGAGAGCGCAGAAGUUAUAGAUUUGAUAAAUGCACUUAAGUUUUAUGAUGCCGUUUAUGUGUCAGAUUUUGAGGAGGAAGGAAUCGAAAUUGUGUUUAUACAAUUUGAUUUAAUCAAUCAACUUUCACUAAUCCCACAUCUCGUGGGAUUAAAAAAGAAAUGCCAAUUUCGAAUAUUUGGAUGUAUUCCGCAUCUUACGAUUUCCGUAAAGUUGAAAGUAAUAUUUAGUGCAGGAGGAUAUGUUCUUUUUACGAGUUUAGUUGCCGAGUCAACAAAAAGAAUUGAAUGGAAAUUCAACGUGGAAGCUGGUUAUACAUCCUAA